AUAAACUUAAGUUGAGAAAUUAAGAGAAACUCAAUGGAUUUUCUUAAAAGUGGCAUUAAAACAGUGCUGGGUGCCACGGAACCGGGUCAGCAGCCCAGCCCUGCAGAAACUGUAGAAAAACUUGUAGAUAGAGCAGCCUCAUCGACCUUGUUGGAAGAUAGGCGUGAUGCCUGUCGCGCUCUAAAAGCUCUUUCAAAGAAAUAUCGCAUAGAGGUAGGUGCACAAGGAAUGCCUGCGUUAGUGUCAGUGCUGCAAAAUGACUGUCAAGAUUGUGAAAUAAUAUCGUACGCUUUGGAUACUCUCUGCAAUGUAGUCGCCACAGAGGAAUUUGAUGAAGAAGCUGAUAAUCCAGCGGUGUCGGUUAAUGUGGGUGAACAAUUCACCGAAAUGUUUAUUAAGAAUCCAGAACAUGUCACAUUGGUUAUGGGCUGUUUGGAGGAAUACGAUUUUCGUGUUAGGCGAGCAUCUAUACAACUGUUGACGACCUUGAUACAAAAUAAGACCAGAGAUUUACAAGAACAUAUACUAGUAAGUCCCAUGGGUGUUUCCAAGCUAAUGGAUUUGUUGUCGGAUAGUCGAGAAGUGAUACGCAACGAUGCCUUGCUGUUGCUCAUCCAACUGACUAAAGGUAAUUCUAACAUACAAAAGAUAGUGGCCUUUGAAAAUGCUUUCGAUAAAAUAUUCGACAUAAUACGUGACGAAGGUUGUGCGGAAGGUGGUAUUGUUGUAGAGGACUGUUUGAUCUUGAUGUUAAAUUUGCUUAAGAAUAACUCCAGUAAUCAGCAGUUCUUCAAGGAGGGCUCAUAUAUACAACGUUUAGCCCCCAUGUUUGAGUUGACCAAUAGCGAGGUGGAGGGAGAACAGGGUUGGGCUCCACAGAAAAUGUCAAAUGUUCAUUGUAUGCUACAAGUAGUGAGGUCAUUAGUCACGCCCAGUAAUCAGCAACAAGUUGUGGCGUCAUGCCAGAAGGCCAUGAAACAGUCAAAGCUUUUAGAAGCUCUGUGUGAGAUUCUUAUGAGUAGUGGGGUGCCCGCGGACAUCUUAACGGAAACUAUAAAUGCUGUAGCCGAAGUGGUAAGGGGAGAUGCUGAUAACCAAAAUCAGCUUAGUAAAGUUAUGGCUCCUAGUACACCACCUAGGCCAGUCAUUGUGGUGUUGCUGAUGUCCAUGAUUAAUGAGAAACAAAUGUUGGCCUUGCGUUGUUCGGUACUCUAUUCAUUCCAAUGUUAUUUAUAUCGCAAUUCUGCAGGACAACAGGCCGUUGUCUCUACACUUUUACCUUCAUCCGCUGCUGAUGUUUCUAGUCUAUCUACAGGUCAACUUUUGUGCACUGGUUUGUUUUCCACUGACUCUUUGGCCAAUUGGUUUUCUUCAGUGGCUUUGAUGCAUACUUUGGUUGACAAUACCGCCCAGAAGGAAGAACUACUACGAGUGCUGUUAGCCACUCCUGGUGGCCAUAAACCAAUAACUCUUCUCGAACAGUGUACAAAUCUCUUGCAACAAGAGUCCUACAAAUUACAAAGUAAAGUCGGUCUUUUAAUGUUGUUAAGUAUGUGGUUGGCUCAUUGCCCAACUGCAGUCAAAACUCUGUUACAAUCCCAGGGCACAAUGGCUUAUUUAACAGCUCAGAUAAGUGGCAAUGAACACGAUGAAAAUGAGUAUUUAGUGCAGGGUUUAUGUGCAUUUCUUAUGGGUCUUUGCAUACAAUUCAAUGACAACAGUCUACCCGGUCAGAAAAGGGAUGAAAUUUGUCAACUGAUUAUAAAGAGAAUUGGCCAGGAAAACUUUUGUAACAAACUAAAUGAGGUUUCACGCCAUGAGGCCUAUAGUAGAGCCUGCAAACAACCACAAAUUAGAGCUAAAUCCGCUAACGAACUUCUACUGGAUUAUGAGUAUUGUAAACUAUUCAAAGGCCUUGAAGCUUUAGUAGUUAAACUUGUAACAGGUUUUGAUGUUAAUGGAGUAGAACUAACCGAACUAACGCUAAGUUCAGAGGCAUCGGCUUUAGUCGCUCAAUACAAAGGCAUCAUUAGAGGACUUGAUACGCAAAUAACAUCUCUACAGGAUACUGUGAAAAAACUGGAGACGAAAAGUGCCGAUCAGGAACAAAAACUAGCGGAACUACAAACUCAAAAUCAUCAAUUGACCGAUCAAAAUACCCUGCUUAAAGCCCAGCUGUCGGCUAUAAAAAGUAAUGAUUCUUCCACAAACUCUUCUACACCCAAUAAUGAAAAUAAUCCCCACAUCAACACCACAUCAUCUUCAAAUCAAGCGACAUUAGAAGCCCUUAAUGCUGCCCAAUUUCAGACCAAUCUCUAUUAUACCGAAAAUUUACGCUUAAAUCAAGAAAUUGAAGCAUUGCGUAAACGUCUACAAGAUGCCAUUGAAGCGGCCAAUUCAGCGAAUGAAAAUCAUCAUAAACUACAAAAAGAUCAAGAAGAUCUAUUAGAACUUCUAACGGAUCAGGAAAAUAAAAUACAACGUUAUGCCGAUCAAAUGAGAGCAGCUGGUCUGCCAGUUGAAGACGACGAGAAUGACGAUGCCGAAGAUCUUGAAUCGGGCGACGUUAAGGUCAAUACACAUGCUCAGUCAUCGGUUGUAAUAAAUUCCUUAGAAAAUGCAAGUCCCACACAUAUGCAAAAUAUUUAAAUACAUAUAUACCUACUACAUACUUAUUUAUAGAAAAGUAAGAAAUUGCUCGUAUGCAUGUUUUUUAAUAGAAUUAAAGCCUGGCUUUGGAAAACGUUCGCAUGUGUAGUGUGUGUUAUAGUUCAAGAUGUUUUAAAUGUAACGAUUAAAAAUGAUAAUAAUCUUAAGUACAUACUAUAUAAUAAAAAAUAAUAAUUAUAACAAAA